AAUGCACUGCCUUGGAAUAAGCACAGGCUCUCACAUGAAGACUUCCUUUUACAGUAUUUUGUUCGUCUGUCAAUAAGGCUCUUAAUGUAAGUUUAAAAAAAUUAAGGAAACAAUUUCGUGUAAGGUCUUCCUAGUGGAUCUCCAGGCAUUCCAUUUUAAUGAGGUUGGGCACAGAAUAGUAAGUUAAUGCCCUUCAAGAUCAUUUGGCCAGGUUGUUCAUGGGUGGUGCAAAGUAGGUUUUGGGAAACCUGUUUACCUUCUCAAGCUGCCACCUUUGGGUCAAAGAGAGAAGGACAGCUACUACACGACCAGGGGCAUCUGCCCCAAGCAACUCCAUUCUGCUGUCCCUUUAACCAAAGGGCUACCGCAUUUCCAGACUGCGACGGGUCACCUGCCCACGUAGCUCCCUGGAAAGUGUCCUGGGCUCUAAGGAUGCCACACCGGCCCACUCUCGCGUCGAGGCUUCACAGGGACAGGACGAGUGCUCAGGCUCCGAGCCUCGGAGGUGGUCUCGGCGCGCCGGGCGCUUGCGGGAGAGCCAGGUGGAGGCCGAGGAAGGUUUUGAGGGCAGCGGCCGCCAGGCCUCGGCAGGGUCUCCACUCACCAAAGGCGUCUACACCGUCCCGCCCCCGACUCCCCUAACUGGACACUCCCAGCGUCCCGCAGAUGCAGUGCCGAGACCCCAUCCCACCCUAGUCUCAAAUCAGUGAACCAGACGACGGUCGCAGGCCUCUCAGAACAACUGAGCGAGCACCGCGCAGAGGUCUAACAGGCACCUGGCCGUGCCCCCUCACAGGGCGGGGUCGGGGGGCCGGAAGAUGGCGGCGUCGGCUAGGUCCACCGUCCAAUCUCCCAGGCGCCCUUGACUAGCUCUGGCCGCCGCGCCACCUACCUUGCUAGCUAGAGGUCCCGGCGCGCCGCGCGAAGGGGCGGUGACGGGCACUUGGCACCGCCAAUCAGCACCGGGAGUCCGGGCCGCGCCCAAUCAGGGCCGGGCGGCAGAGACCGGAGUAGGUUGCAAGCUGGCAGCGCAUGUGGUGGACGCGGAACGCUGGGGACUUCGCCGCCAGCCUCGCCGCUUCCCGCGCGCUCUGUACCAAGGCCCCUGGCGCCGGCCUGAGGACGCCGAGGAGGCAGGGGGCCGACAGGGCUGUCCGGCCGGAACCGCGGAGCACCUCCUGCAGCGGUCGCGGGCCCGCCCCCCGCGGCCGGUGCCAUGUCCGACUCUCUUCCCUAAAGGAGACUUCCUCAGCGGUUGCUGCCGAGAGAUGAAGGACCUGUUGGAGCGUCAGACGACUUCGGGGCCGGCCAACUAGGGGGGCUCGGCAGGAGGUCGCCUGCGCCCUCCCGGGCUCGUUCCUUUCGCCCCUUGAGCGAGGCCUCGCUCGCCUCCGGGCACGCGGCGGGUGCAGAGAGCACCUGGGCCCGGCGGGGCGUGCGGGCAGCAUGUUCCCCCGGAGGCCGCCGUUUGGCCUGGCCGCCUGGCUGCUGGUGGGCGCGGCGGCGACCGGGCGCGCGGGGGCGCGGGGCGGGGGCCUCCUCGCCCUGCUGGCCAAUCAGUGCCGCUUCGUGACGGGCCUGCGCGUGCGGCGGGCGCAGCAGAUCGCGCAGCUCUACGGCCGCCUCUACUCGGAGAGCUCGCGCCGCAUCCUCCUUGGUCGCCUCUGGCGCCGGCUGCGCGGACGCCCGGGCCAUGCCUCUGCCUUGAUGGCGGCGCUCGCCGGCGUGUUCGCGUGGGACGAGGAGAGGAUCCAGGAGGAGGAGUUGCAGAGAUCCAUCGAUGAGAUGAAACGGUUGGAGGAAAUGUCAAGUAUGUUUCGGAGCUCUGGAGUUGACCACCACCCUCCAGAACCAAAAUCCCAAACAGAAAGAGAUGAAGAUUCAGGAGGCAAAGACCAACCGUGGGAAAUGGUGAUGGAUAAGAAACACUUCAAGCUGUGGCGGCGCCCCAUUACAGGCACCCCCCUUUACCAGUACAGAGUUUUUGGAACCUACACAGAUGUGACACCUCGGCAGUUCUUCAAUGUUCAGCUGGAUACAGAGUAUAGAAAAAAGUGGGACGCCCUGGUGAUCAAGCUGGAAGUGAUCGAGAGGGAUGUGGUUAGUGGUUCUGAGGUUCUUCACUGGGUAACCCAUUUUCCUUAUCCAAUGUACUCACGGGAUUAUGUUUAUGUUCGGCGGUAUAGUGUGGAUGAGGAAAACAACGUGAUGGUGUUGGUGUCACGGGCCGUGGAGCACCCUAGUGUGCCGGAGUCUCCGGAAUUUGUAAGGGUCAGAUCCUAUGAAUCCCAAAUGGUUAUCCGUCCCCACAGGUCAUUUGAUGAGAAUGGCUUUGACUACUUGCUGACGUACAGUGACAAUCCCCAGACAGUGUUUCCUCGUUACUGCGUUAGUUGGAUGGUUUCCAGUGGCAUGCCAGAUUUCCUGGAGAAGCUGCACAUGGCCACUCUGAAAGCCAAGAACAUGGAGAUCAAAGUAAAGGACUAUAUCUCGUCUAAGCCUCUGGAAGUGGGUAGUGAAGCCAAGGCCACCACCCCAUCUUCUGAGCGGAAGAGCGAGGGUAGCUGUGGCCCUGCCCGGAUUGAGUACGCCUGAAGGACUUUCAGAUAAGCAGGGACAGGCUGCUUCUAGCCUUGUCUCCGUGUCUUAUCACUCACUCUGUUGCAGAACAAACAGGACGUGUAUUUGAAGGCGUCUGCUGUAACCACCAGUGCAAGAUAAUUCAAUACUGGUGUCCGGUCUUGUUCAGAGCCCUACUGCUCUUUAUUAAAACAGAAGAAGGAGGCAUCCGAGGGGGCAUCGUCAUGUUCUCAGGCCAAGCAUUUGGAAAUUUGGUGUUUCGCUGAGCUAAUCUGGAACAAGCCUCUCACCUCAGGCCAGAGGGGACAACAUCUUUUGCUUCCUCUGCGUGGUUUCCUCUGCCCACAUUCCAUUCUCAGCCUCGGUUCUGCAGCACUCUGGGUUUCCUUCGGUUCUGAAGGUCCAGCUGGACCACCGGGACGGUUGCGUCUUCAGUGAGGGAUCGUGGGGAGUGCCCUUGGUCACGGUCCUGGUGUUGAGUGGGUGUGAACUGUUGCUUGGCAGUGUAAGUGCCUUGUCCUCACCUUCUCCUGUCCUUAGGGACAUAAAGUUUGUACCAAGAAAUAUCACUCUUGGCCUCCCAUUCACACCCCAUUGACUCCCUCUACCCAGAGCAGUUUCCUUUGAGUUGACCAGUUCUUCUGUAUUCGUGUGCUGUAUUCAUCUGGGUCGUUGCCUCCUCCCGCAGGCCGUUUACCAAGAACACUGGGAGACGGUGGCUCUCUGUAUCAUCAGUGUUUUUGAUGGGGUCAGUGGAGAUGCUCGACACAUUACACUUUAGCUCUGUUUUUUUUUUUUUUAACCUUUGUUAAACAGUGGGAAUUGGGGAGUUGAAUAGGAUUUUUCCAUAGUCUGACUGUAUAGAAAACACCAUUUUGAUUGAGGUGCUGUUUUUCACACUUCAGGUUUGACUGGAUGCUGAGCACUUGCCCAUCCUGGAAGGCUAAAGACAGACGAGUGGGGAUUGGGCGCCUCCCUUGCAGCUCUCAGAGCUGUAGACGAGCUGUGUGAACAGAUAAAUGGAACCUUGUCCCAAGUGCUAAUGUAAAGGGGGAUGUGGUUUAUGUGACCCUCUUGUCCCUCUGAAAAGCUUUUCCUCCUCUUCCAAGCUAAAAUAAGAGCAGACUACGUUGUUCAGAUAAAGUCACAACCAGAUGGGGUCCAUUUGGCCUGGCUGAGUUGGCUUAUGGUCGUGCUGCAUUCUGACUGGAGAAGCGGGAACAGCUUUCAAAUCCUCCUCCCUCCCCUUGUUUCUUAGAAUUUGAAUGACCAGAUUGCUCCCUACCCCAACUCUACCCUUUUGUGUUGUUGAAAGGGGAGCUAAACCUGAGACGAACUUCAAGCCCCUCGACCUUUCUGUUGCCUAAGUACUGUGCCAAGGAAAUGCCUGCCCCGGUGUUUCAAGUCUUGCGUUCUCUGCGUCAUUGGCAGAGCAGGGAGAUGCAUCAGGCAGUCCCAGCUUCUUUUCGUUGAUCGUGUCUCUCUCCUCAUCCCCAGGACCUGACAGGCCAGGAAGAGGCCCUCGGUUAUGUUGGAAGUUAGCGCCUGUGAUUGUUGGGACGUGGGUGGUGUGGGCGAGUGGCGUGAGUGCACAUGUGAUAAGGGGCUGGGCGUUGCCCAUAUGCUUUGUGGCAAUUUGACUCUGCACUUGGGGUUGGUCUAUACAGUUACUUAUGUCAUUGUAAUGAUUUCACUCCUGUGACAUUUUUAUCAAAUGUGUGAAUAAAUACAUAAAGAUUGGUAUGAAA